UAAGAGAGUCCGACUUCAUAGACAUGGACAUUAUGCACGUUUAAGUGGAGGUCUGGCAUGGAUGCACCGUUUCUUGACUGGAAUUUCAAUUUGACGUAAACUCAAAACUGGAACUGACAGAUAAGAUACAACACACAAGAAGAAUUUACAGAUAAACAAUCAGGCAAUAUGAUGGAUGAGUGUUUUCAUGAAAAAGAUUACCUCGUGUCACGACGUAUCUACUCAAACCGGGUCUUUGACCAGGUCCAUGAGAGACGAGACCAAGAGAUCCAGAGUUUACGAGAACAGCUGAGCAGAACCUGUGGAUGCACUGAUAAAUGGGCUGUUCAGAAGAUAAAGGGGCUUCUGCCAAUUCUAGAUUGGCUACCUAAAUACCCAGUCAAGCAAUGGUUACCCAGUGAUGUUGUCUCUGGGGUCACCACAGGCCUAGUAUGCUGUUUACAAGGUGUAGCUUAUGCAUUGCUGGCCUCUGUAGCACCAGUCUAUGGACUCUACUCUGCGUUUUUUCCAAUUCUCACAUACUUUGUGCUGGGAACAUCCAGACACAUUUCUGUGGGUCCAUUCCCUGUCACCUGUCUGAUGGUGGGCUCUGUGGUUUUGACCUUAGCGCCCGAUGAGCACUUUCUGCGUUCAGUGAACAUAACUGCUGUGAAUGAGACAGUGACAGAUGAAAGGUUAAUGGAGGUGGAUGUAGAGGCCAGAGAGGCCCAGAGAAUCAUGGUGGCUUGUACUAUGACAGUGUUGGUUGGAUUAUUCCAGGUGGCUAUGGGGCUGAUGCAGGUGGGCUUUCUAGUCAGGUAUCUCUCAGACCCACUGGUAGGCGGCUUCACCACUGCUGCUGCCUUUCAUGUCUUCAUAUCUCAGAUUAAAACCAUCCUGUCUGUUCCUACCCACAACCAUAAUGGAUUCUUCUCCAUUGCUUAUACUCUCAUUGAUGUAGGCAGGAAUAUCAACCAAACAAACAUUGCAGACCUGAUCGCUGGAUUACUAACAAUCUUCAUUGUUAUGGUUGUGAAAGAGAUCAACACAAAAUUUCAGCAUAAAAUCCCAGUGCCGAUUCCCAUAGAAGUGAUUGUGACAGUGAUAGCUUCUGCAAUCUCUCAUGUGAUGGACCUGAACUCCCAGUACGGCGCCAGCAUUGUCCACAGUCUCCCCAGGGGGUUUGCACCGGCACAGCCACCAAAUAUAGCACUUAUCGGGAGUAUUUUGGGCUCUAGUUUUUCCACAGCCGUGGUUGGUUAUGCAGUAGCAGUCUCAGUGGCAAAAGUCUAUGCGGCAAAACAUGAUUACACAGUUGAUGGCAACCAGGAGCUGAUAGCUUUUGGCGUCAGCAACAUUUUUGGAGGAUGUUUAUCAAGCUUUGUGGCCAGCACUGCACUGUCACGGACCGCAGUACAGGAAAGCACAGGGGGGAAGAGCCAGGUUGCUGGUAUCAUCUCAGCUCUGAUGGUGAUGAUAGUGAUCUUGGCACUUGGGCCCUUUCUUCAGCCUCUGCAAAAGUCAGUGCUAGCUGGCAUUGUUAUAGCCAACCUGAAAGGUAUGUUCAUGCAGAUCUCUGAAGUGCCUGUACUCUGGAGACAAAACAGAACAGACUGUCUCAUCUGGAUAGCUACUUGCCUGGCAUCCAUUGCACUGGGUUUAGAUGUGGGCCUGCUGGCUGGUCUGGUGUUUGAGAUGGGCACAGUGGUGGUCAGAACACAGUUCCCUUCUUGUGCCACCCUUGGAAAUGUCCCAAACACUGAUAUCUACAAAAACAUGAAAGACUACAAAAAUAUUGAUGAAAUUCCUGGAAUUAAGAUAUUCAAGUGUAAAUCACCCAUUUAUUUUGCAAAUAUUGAUUACUUCAAAGAAAAGUUGAGAGAUGAGGUGGGGUUUGAUGCAGUGCGGGUGUUCAAGAAAAGAAACAAAGCUUUGAAAAAGAUUCACAAGCUCAUUAAAAAAGGAAAACUACAAGCUACAGAGGAUGGUUUGGUACCAGUUGCCUCACUGGGAGUAGAAAACAAAGCCUUUGAAAAUGAGCAGAGUCCUGAGCUGGAGGAGGGUGCGUCUCAGCAAGAUUCAGAGGUGAAGGUCCAGGUAGAUUGGACGUCAGAGCUGCCUGUCGGUGUGUCAGUACCCAGGGUCCAUAUUCACAGCCUGGUUGUGGACUUCUCAGCCGUCUCAUUCCUGGAUGUGGUAGCAGCCAAGUCCCUAAAACUGGUCGUAAAGGAAUUCAUACGAAUUGGGGUUAGCGUCUAUAUCGCAGGCUGUGACGGUGAGCUUGUCAGGAGAAUGGAGGCCCUGUCCUUCUUUGACGAGGAGGUUACCAGAGACCUUCUCUUCCUCUCGGUCCAUGACGCCAUUCUCUUCAUCCAGCUGGAAACCUCCAGUGGAAAUGAACAGGAUUCAUUAGCUGAGAAGAUUUCAAAGUUGCAAGAUGACAAAGAGCCACUUCCUUUUACCGAAGAUGAGGACCUGAUUGAGACAUAUGACAACCAACACUUGCUCUACGGACGCACAAUGCUCCGACCCUCAACGCAGAAGUAUGCGGUGAACAGACCACUAUACUCAGAAGACACCUUUGAAGACGAACAUGCAAAAGUCUAUCGGAAACACAAGAGAUUACUGGACCAUUUUAUACAGUACUUCACUUGUACUUCAGAACGUGCAAAGAACGCUGCUAUUUCUCUGCUGCCUAUCAUUGGAUGGAUAAGGAUCUACCCGAUCAAAGAAUGGCUGUUAAAUGAUAUUGUGUCUGGCGUCAGCACUGGACUAGUUGCCGUCCUACAAGGACUAGCCUUCAGUUUACUGGCAUCCAUCUCUACCUGGUAUGGAUUGUAUGCUGCUUUUUUCCCAGUCAUCAUCUAUUUUUUUCUGGGCACCUCACGACACAUUUCAGUGGGAUCUUUCCCUGUAUUGAGUCUCAUGGUGGGGGCAGCAGUGACCAGAUUGGUGCCCGACGAGGGUCCUCCUGCCAACAUCACUGCGUUUGAGGGCCUGACGAAAGACGAACAGAGGAUCUUAGUGUCUGCCUCCCUCACUGUCCUAGUGGGUUUAUUCCAGCUUGGUAUGGGGCUGCUGCAGGUGGGAUUCAUUGUCAUGUACCUGUCGGAUACUCUAAUAUCGGGAUUCACCACCGCAGCUGCUGUUCACAUCCUGAUUUCUCAACUCAAGUUUAUACUAGGACUGACUGUGCCGGGUUUCAGCGGACCACUUGCUAUUAUAUAUACUCUUGAGAGUGUAUUUACCCAGAUCACCUCCACAAAUAUCCAUGAUCUGGUCACUUCAAUUGUGGUGAUGGUGCUGGUGUUGGGAGUGAAGGAGAUCAAUGACAGAUUUAAGUCAAAGUUACCAGUGCCCAUUCCCAUAGAAGUGAUUGUGACCAUCAUAGCUUGUGGCGUCUCAUAUGCGUUCAAAUUCAGCGAAAAUCACGGAGUGGACGUGGUGGGAAAAAUUCCAAACACGUUUGAGUCCCCAAUGGCUCCGGACCUGCAGGUUUUCCAGAUGACAGCAAUGGAGGCUUUCCCAAUAGCUAUUGUGGGAUUUGCCGUGGCUUUUGCAGUCGCUAAAGUCUAUUCUGUAAAGCAUGACUACGUUAUAGAUGGAAAUCAAGAACUCAUUGCGUUUGGGGCAAGCAACAUCUUUGGAGGAUCGUUCAAGUCUCUGGCAGCCAGUACAGCUCUCUCCAGAAGUGCGGUUCAAGAAAGCACUGGAGGAAAAACACAGAUAGCUGGUUUAAUCUCUGCCAUUAUCGUGUUGGUGGUAAUCUUGGGCAUUGGGUUUUUGCUGGAACCUCUACCAAAGUCGUUGUUGGGCGCAGUGGUGGUUGUGAACCUGAAGGGGAUGUUAAUGCAGGUGGUUUCAGUUCCUUACCUGUGGAAGAAAGACCGUCCUGACUGUAUUGUUUGGGUGGGGACCUGUUUGGCAGCUAUAUUCCUGGGGCUGGACAUAGGACUUGCCAUUGGACUUGGACUAGAGCUCCUCACGGUGGUCUUCAGAGCUCAGUUUCCACGCUGCAGUGUCCUGGCUAAUAUCUCGGGGACAGAUAUCUACAGAGAUCGCAAGGACUAUGUCAAUAUCUAUGAGCCAGAGGGAGUAAAGAUUUUCAAAAUCCCAUCUCCCAUUUUCUUCGCAAACAUCGAUUUCUUCAGAGACAAACUGAAGGACGCUGUGGGCUUUAAUCCUCUGAGAAUCCUGAGGAAAAGGAACAAGGCGGUGAAGAAGAUUAAGAAACUGAUCAAGAAAGGGGAGCUGACCUUAACAGCUAACGGACUACAGGCCACAUGUUCAAUGCCUAUUGAAGAGUCAGAGGAUGAAAGCAACAUGGAGGACCUAGACAAGCCCACAGACUAUUCAGAUCUUCCAAUCCAGGUGAACUGGAAUGCAGAACUUCCUGCCAACAUCCAAGUCCCUCCUGUGAACAUCCACAGUUUGGUCCUGGACUUCUCUGCAGUCUCAUUCCUGGAUAUAUCUGCACUCAAGGGACUCCAAGCGGCCUUAAAGGAAUUUAUACGCAUAGAUGUUGACAUUUACAUAGUUGGCUGUGACUCAUAUAUCAUAGAGAAGCUGAAGAGCUGUAAAUUUUUUGAUGAUGAAAUCAAGACGUCUAUCUUCUUUUUGACCAUCCAUGAUGCAAUGCUCUACAUUUAUGAGUCCCAUCCACCAAAGACUGUGAGCGAGAAGGUCUCAGGAAGUUUCCAAUACCAACACAUUAAUGGCAGCAGCAUGUCCAAUGGGUUGACAAGUCAAGAAAUGCCGAACAUGAAAAUGGAAGUCGAAACGGACACCAAACCAGAGACAAGAUUCUAAAGUGAAUCAACUUGAAACCUCUGCUAUGUAGAACUUUAAAAUCAAUGUAUAUAAGAAUUAAUUUGAUUAAGCAUGUAGCAUUUUUGUAUUCUGUGUACUGUGCUGCAUGCAGAAUGAAUUAGCUCUAGACUGUCAAUAUAUCAUGUGACUAAAUUAUUGGAUUUGUGGUGAAAGUUGUAAACACAAUCUUAUCAGUUCACUAUCAGUGCCUUUUGUACAUGUAACUUUUUUUCUUUUUGAAUAGUAUGUAGUUUUAUGUGCACUAUUUUUAUUCUAAAAUAAAAAAAGAAUGUUUUCCAAAA